AGUAGGGCCACCCCCACUAAUAAUACCACCAAGCAACGCACACCCGAUUCCGGAUCCCAUAGAAGAAAAUGAUUUCACGUCCUUUUGUGUCGGUUAGUCAUUCAACCUUCUUUCCCUUCCCAACCAUGAACAAGAAACCCUCAAGAAACCUCCUCAGUACUCCCAAAACCAAACCCUUUUAAUUAACCUUAACCGCAACGAAAAACACAAAACACAACCUUCAACUACACCUUAACCACAACAAAACACAAUUCCCGUGUUGUUUUCUCUCUAAACCCUACCCGUGCUGGCACCCCUAAAUUUAUGGGAAACUGCGUGUUCAGAGGUUUGAACCACGGCGUGUCCGAAGACAUGAUGGUGAAGGUUGUUACCUCAAACGGAGGCAUCAUGGAACUCUUCUCUCCCAUAACCGUGGAGUGCAUAACCAACGAGUUCCCCGGCCAAGGCAUCUUCCGGAGCCGCCGCGACAUGUUCUCCGAACCGCUCCCGAAAAACGAGGAGCUCCACGGCGGAGAAGUCUACUACCUCCUCCCUCUCAACCCUUCUUCUUCUCGCAAGAGCUUGACAAGACAAUUCUCCGACACCGCGGCCACGUUAACACCAUACCGAAUGUCCACGUUCGAGAAAAAUAACAAUAACAAUAACAACAAUGUGUACUCGGAACCACCCGAGUUGAUUUCGAGAUACAACAGUAGUGGGGUGUGGAAGGUGAAGUUGGUGAUAAGCCCCGAGAAGCUGUCGGAGAUUUUGUCACAGGAGUCGCGGACGGAGGCGUUGAUAGAGAGCGUGAGGACGGUGGCGAAGUGCGGCAACGGUGCGCCGUCGUCGGUGGCGAACUCCGACCAGUGGAGUGUGGCAAGCAGUUGGAAAGGUUCUAUGUCGGAGAAGAUGGGUUUACAAUAGUUUUAGAUAUAUUAUUAAUUAAUUAAAUUAUUUAUUUUUUCUACUUUUUGACUUUUUUUUUGCUAGUGUUUAACGACCUGAUUAUUAUUUUCUUCAUUUGUUUGUCUACUUGUCAAAUAUUUUAUUUUAGGUAUCGUACUUGUGUGUAUAUAUUUGCAUGUGAUGAAGUGAGAUAUUGUUUAUUUCUUUUGUUA